AUGGUGCUUUGUAAUAUUAAAUAUUAUUAUUUUUCAUUUGAAAUAACUCAGGUAUGCAGUCCAUUAUCCAUUAACCAACUUUUUUUUUGCAGCAAUUUCUCCCGUGUUCCCCACUUAGCCGGUACAGAGGAGAACUUUCUACUGGCCAAGCAAAUCCAAGCUCAGUGGAAAGAAUACGGAUUGGAUAAAGUGGAAUUAGCAUCCUAUGACAUUCUCUUGUCUUACCCAAAUGAAGCAGAACCCAACUAUAUCUCCAUCAUUGAUGAACAUGGGACGGAGUUGUUCAAUACCUCCUUGCGUGAACCCGAUCCUCUUGGAUAUGAGAAUAUAACGAAUGUUGUCCCUCCAUACAAUGCAUACUCUGCCCCUGGAACCCCCGAGGGAGAACCUGUCUAUGUCAAUUAUGGCCGAAUAGAAGACUUUCACUAUCUAGAAAGAGUCCUAAACAUCAGUGUUAAAGGAAAGAUUGCUAUUGCCCGCUAUGGAAAAAUUUUUAGAGGAAACAAGGUUAAAAAUGCAGAAAAUGCAGGAGCCAUUGGGAUUGUCUUGUAUUCUGACCCAGCCGAUUACUGUGCUCCUGGUGUUCAGCCCUAUCCAGAAGGCUGGAACUUGCCUGGUGGUGGAGCCCAGCGAGGGAAUGUGCUGAACCUGAAUGGGGCCGGGGACCCUCUAACACCAGGUUAUCCUGCUAAAGAGUACGCCUACAGAUCUGCUGUGAAGGAUGGUGUAGGACUUCCUAAAAUCCCAGUCCACCCUAUAGGGUACAGCAAUGCUGAGAUGCUGUUAAAGAACCUGGGAGGAACCCCGGCCCCAGAUAACACAUGGAAAGGAGGACUCAACAUAUCGUACAAUAUUGGCCCCGGGUAUUCUGGAAGUCACACUAAAGAGAAGGUGAGGAUGCGCAUCCAAACGUACAAUGAAAUAAGAAGAGUUUAUAAUGUCAUUGGAACCAUCAGAGGAGCCGUGGAGCCAGACAGGUAUGUCAUCCUUGGCGGCCAUAGGGAUUCCUGGGUGUUUGGAGGGAUUGAUCCGCAGAGCGGAGCGGCGGUGGUGAAUGAGAUUGUCAGAAGUGCGGGGAAACUGAAAAAAACAGGUUGGAGGCCAAGAAGAACAAUGAUUUUUGCCAGCUGGGAUGCAGAAGAAUUUGGACUCCUAGGGUCUACAGAAUGGGCAGAGGAAAAUGUAAAAAUUCUAGAAAAGAGGGCGGUGGCUUAUAUAAAUGCUGAUUCCUCUGUAGAAGGUAACUAUACCUUGAGGGUGGAUUGCACACCUUUACUUUACCAGCUAGCAUAUCGACUGACAAAAAGAAUCUCCAGCCCUGAUGAGGGUUUUGAAGGAAAAUCUCUUUAUGAAAGUUGGCAUCUUAAAGACAACUGGACAGAGUACAAGGAUUCUCCAAGGAUAAACAAGCUGGGUUCUGGAAACGAUUUUUGAAGUAUUUUCAGCGCGGCUUGGCAUUGCUUCAGGAAGAACUCGGUAUACUAAAAAUAGGAAAGAGGGAAGAUACAGUGGUUUUCCAGUGUAUCACAGUGUGUAUGAAACGGCUGAGAUGGUUGACACAUUUUAUGACCCAUCCUAUAAAAACCACUUGGCAGUGGCUAAAGUACGAGGAGGACUUGUGUUUGAGCUGGCCGACUCUGUUGUUCUGCCGUUUGAUGUUCAAGACUAUGCCGAUGCUAUUAAGAGCUAUGCUGUCAUUAUAUUUAACAUGGCAAAGAAAAACCCAAUCCAAAUGGAAACUUAUAAUGUGUCGUUUGAUCCACUGUUUUCUGCUGUUGAAAACUUCACAAGAACAGCAACACAGUUUAACGAAAGAUUAAAAAACCUGGAUGAGACCAACCCAAUUGCAGUGAGAUCAGUGAAUGAUCAGCUUAUGUUCCUGGAGCGAGCCUUUAUUGAUCCUCUGGGAUUGCCUGGACGUAGAUUCUACAGACACAUCAUCUUUGCUCCAAGCAGCCAUAAUAAGUAUGCAGGUGAAUCUUUCCCCGGAAUAUACGAUGCACUGUUUGAUAUUGGAAGCAAGGAAGACCAAGCCUCUGCAUGGGAUGAAGUAAAAAAACAAAUUUCAGUGGCUGCAUUUACUGUCCAGGCGGCAGCACAGACACUCGAAGAGACACCAUGA